CUUAUUUUGUAGUGAAGCCGACGGCGAAUGCGCUUGUAAUUCGGAACGUGGUGGCGUCUGCACCUUAAAGGGACAGUUGCGCUCAGGGGCCCACGUUCUGUUUGGAGGCGGCGUGGCGGUGGCUGCUCCUUUAAGGGCGGGGCUACGAGGGGAGGGACGGCUAGAGGGGCGGGCGAAGCUAGGACUCGAGUUGGCCCCGUGUCCUGGUCGAGGCCGCAGCGGGGAGAGUCUGAGUUGGGUCCGGGUGCUCGGCAGUGGGAGAGCUUUCUCCCGCUCGAACUCUCCGGACCCCGGAGAACCCCGCUCCCAGCCAUGCUGAGCAGAGCAUGGAAGCGGCGGACUACGAGGUGCUGUCGGUGCGGGAGCAGUUGUUCCACGAGCGAGUUCGGGAGUGCAUAAUCUCCACACUGCUGUUUGCAACGCUUUACAUCCUCUGCCAUAUCACUCUGACCCGAUUCAAGAAGCCAGCUGAUUUUACUACAGUUGAUGAUGAGGACGCCACAGUCAACAAGAUUGCACUUGGCCUCUGCACCUUUACUUUAGCGGUUGCCCUGGCUGCAGUCCUGCUCCUGCCUUUUUCCAUCCUUAGCAAUGAAGUGCUUCUUUCUCUUCCCCGGAACUACUAUAUCCAGUGGCUCAAUGGCUCUCUCAUCCAUGGACUCUGGAACCUGGUCUUUCUCUUCUCUAAUCUGUCUCUUGUCUUCCUCAUGCCCUUUGCCUACUUUUUCACUGAAUCAGAAGGCUUUGCUGGCUCCAAGAAGGGGGUCCUGGGCAGGGUUUAUGAGACAGUGGUCAUGCUGCUACUCUUGUCACUGCUGGUGCUAGGCAUGGUGUGGGUAGCCUCUGCCAUUGUGGACAACAGCAAGACCAGCCGGGAGUCUUUGUAUGAUCUCUGGGAGUACUACCUCCCCUAUCUCUAUUCCUGCAUCUCCUUUCUGGGUGUGCUGCUCCUCCUGGUGUGUACUCCACUGGGCCUUGCCCAGAUGUUCUCUGUCACUGGAAAACUGCUGGUCAAGCCCAGGCUUCUAGAAGACCUGGAAGAACAGCUGCAUUGCUCGGCCUUUGAGGAGGCAGCGCUGACCCGAAGGAUGUGUAACCCUACUUCGUGUUGGCUGCCCCUGGACAUGCAGAUGCUGCACAGACAGGUUGUGACUCUGAAGACACAAAGGCUUAUGCUGGAGAAACGACAGAAGGCCUCUGCUUGGCAAAGAAACCUGGGUUACCCUCUGGCCAUGCUGUGUCUGCUGUUGCUGACGGGUCUCUCUGUGCUCAUUGUUGCCAUCCACAUCCUGGAGCUACUGAUUGAUGAGGCAGCCAUGCCCCGUGGCAUGCAGGAUACCUCCUUGGGCCAGGUGUCAUUCUCCAAGCUGGGCUCCUUUGGUGCCAUCAUCCAGGUCAUACUCAUCCUUUACCUGAUGUUGUCCUCUGUUGUGGGCUUCUAUAGCUCCCCAUUGUUUAGAGGCCUUCGACCCAAACGCCAAGAUACAGCCAUGACCCAGAUCAUUGGGAACUGUGUCUGUCUCCUAGUGCUGAGCUCAGCCCUGCCUAUUUUCUCUCGUACACUAGGGCUUACCCGCUUUGACUUGCUGGGCGACUUUGGACGCUUCAAUUGGCUGGGAAACUUCUACAUCGUGUUCCUGUACAACGCUGCCUUCGCCGGCCUCACCACCCUCUGCCUGGUCAAGACGGUCACUGGAGCCGUUCGGGCAGAGCUUAUCCGAGCCCUCGGCCUUGACAGGCUCCCGCUGCCCGUCUCUGGGUUUCCACGGCAGCACAGCAAGACUCAGCUCCACUGACCUCGAUCGGAGGCGUCAGGGUGGAGGGGAGAGAAGACUGGAUACUGCCAGGCACCUGGGGGUUGGGGGGGGGACUGGGUGCUCUCUGAGGCCUGGAAGUUUUCUGUGAGGGGGCCAGGCCUUGGAGGGUAGCUAAGACCUUUGCACUGCUGUAUAAUCUGAGCCAACGUUUGGGGCCCAUUUCUUUUCCCUCCCCCUGCUACCAACCCUUCUCAGAAAAAUGCUGGGCCCCUGGCCCAAAGGCUGGUACCCCAAAUGCUCUCCUGGCCUCAUCUUCGUUUACAUAUUAAUCUGCCUCAUUUUAGUCCUGGGCAUUGCCCCUGGCCAUGUUUACAUGAUCGAUGUGCAAUAGGGGAGGGGAGGAAUUGGGAAGUGGGGAAAGAAUGGGGAGAUGGUGGGUCACCCUCAGCCCCCGUGUCCUGCUCUGAGGAGGGCCUCGAAUGGGACGAGGCCAGCAAGGUUUGUUCCCGCUGAAGAUAAAGAUCCUUCCCUGCCCUCCUUUCCUUCCCUCCCCCCAAUAAAGUUGUUCUUUUGGGUUCUUUUUUUAAAAA